AUGUUUUCCUUCGCCAAAAAACUCGUAGACAAGCUCGAAGGCGUCAAUGGUCACGAGCCCGACACCUAUUUCCGCAACACCCUCUCUCGAAAUAAUGGAUAUGGCCUCAGGGUUCUUCACGUAGAACAAAACAGUACCGCCGCCAAUUUAGGUUUGGAGGCCUGGUUCGACUAUAUAGUGGGAUUCGCCGGUCACGACUUGCCCAUUCCUUCAAUUGGACAGCAUACGCAUUCGUAUCUGAUUAACGAUGAUGGCUCAUUCAUGUAUGGAGCUAUUCCAAUUGCAGAACAAGCUAGGAUGGUCGACUUUGACAUGAUAGCGCAUGAAUUGGACUCAAUUGCACGAAGCCCCAAUCCUCACGUAGAAUUUGAGGUUUGGAAUGCAAAGGGUGGUAUUCUCAGGACGGUUUCUGUUCCCUUGCAGUUGCUUUCCAGCCAAGAACAGCCGCAAAAACUGUCUGAGCAUCAGGCUUUGACCCUCCAUACGAGCUUUUCUCGGUUGGGGUUGACUGUGCAAUCGCAACAUUUGAAUUCUGCUACUUUUGUGUGGAAAGUGAUGAAUUCGCACCGUGACUCGCCUGCGUUCCGGGCUCUUCUCAUUCCCCACGCCGACUUCAUCAUUGGGUGUGAUUCUGCGUUCCCGACUGAUACACCUUCCACGGGGCUUCUUGCUAGUGGUGGUGAGAAUCUAUUGAGACUCACCAUUGCUAAAUACUACAAGGUGCAUCUGGAGACAUUGCAAGAGGACCGCAUUCCCAUUGUUCUCUACGUGUACAACCAUGACUACGACAUUGUGCGGCCUGUUACAGUACAUUUGACGAGCUCAUGGUGUCCAGAAGGUAAUAAAGGUAUUCUUGGGUGUGACAUUGGCUAUGGGCUAUUGCAUCGUUUGCCUGUAGUCAUUGGCAAGUUUGACUCCUCAAUGCACCGUUUAACGGAUGAUAUGUACCACAACUCGGAGGACGUAUCGUAUCAAGUGAAACAUCAGAUAAAUCAACCACAUAUUGUCCCUUCUAAUCCAAAUGUGGUCUCCCAGACAGUUAAUGAGACGCCAGGGCCAGAAGUUACUAACAAAGAACCAAUCUUCGAAACUUCAACUACGCAAAAUGAAUUGCUCUCCGAGGAUGUCAUCGCAAAUCAAUUCGUUGAAGAUACUACAGCCACAAGUGCACUUGAGACUGAAUUUCUCAUGGAGCAGUCUCUACACAAAAACGACCUGCAAACCCUCUCAAGUCAUGGACAAGACCCUCAUGCACUGAAAGAAACGCCAACAGCAGACUUGCCGUCGCAAAUAGAAGAGCCAUCUUCAAGCCAGUCGUCGCCUAUAGAUGCUCCUGUUGAAGAGGAACAAAACGAAGAUGACUUUUUCGCUAGUCUCGGUGAAGCUGAGAUUAAAGCUCCACUUACUGACUCGAAUCUUGCUACGAAAUUACCAACUACAGCAGAGCACAUGGAUGUUGUUGAAACAGCAAAUCAACCACAGGUCGCAGAAGAAUUUCAGGAAAUAUUACUAGACGAACCGGAGCAAAUGGCUUCUCAGGAACAAGAGGCUGAAAUUAAUAAAGACGCUGCAGAAGUAGAGCAUAAAGCAGAAGCUGCAGAUAUCAUUUUGGAUGACCCAAUUGACGAUUUCUUGGAUGAUUCAAUUGAACAAAUUCCUGAUACUCCAGACAGUUUGCCAAUGAAUAGUGACCAGAAACCCGAACACGCUGAUGCGGUACAACAUUCUCCAUACGAAGAGGUUAAUCUAGAGGAGGAUGACGAACCUGUUUCUCAAUCUUUCCGUGAGCAUCUCCAGAGAAAUAACAACGAGGCUAUCAGUCACUGGGUUCUGACCUCGAGCCAUGAGCUUACACCCGAUCCAUAUGAGGAACCGGCUACAAAGUCGUACAUACCACCUCCUCCUAAACCCAAUUUGCCAGUAUCUACUCCGCCACCUGCUGUUCUGCCGCUGAAUUCUAUUCAAACUACUGAGAGCGCUGUGCCUCCACCUCCAAAAAUUGCAACACCGUCUGGUGGCCCACCACCUGUGAGCGGGACUCCACAAAAAGGCGCAAGAAGAAAAAGACACGCGCCUUUGAGCAAUUUGAAUGCCUUGGCAGAUAUCAUGAACGAUGAACUCUCCAAAUCUCAAAAGAGUGAUUACAUGUUGGUUCCCAGUACACUCGAUCCCAAUUUGCCGCCACCACCUCGUCCUCGUCCAUAA